AUGUAUGAUGAUAGUGAAAAGAUUACCAGACAAGCAAUUGGUCGGCUGGGUGAUAUCGGAAGUUUGUACGACGUCCGCACUGAUAAAUUCGAAGGCCGAAAUCUAUUCAAUCGCCAGUUACCUUCCUCUUACAUCAAAUCAGAAGAUUGUGCCUUUUCAGCUUACAUCUACGAUGAAAACGAAUCCCAAAAAGACACAUUUAAUAAACUAAAUAUAGACGGAUCGCUAAAACUUAGUUUGAUGGCCGGUCUACUCAAAGUUGAAGGCUCUGCAAAGUAUCUACAGCAAACAAAGACGGAUAGUCGUACCGUUCGUGUCACCCAUAUACUGCAUAUGAAAACGAAAAGUGAACGUUUGCAAAUAAGCAUGGCUGACCUAUGCGACUACUUCGCAUCAGAUGCGUUCGAAAAUUCGAAUGCCACACAUUGCAUUAUUGGAAUCACUUGGGGUGCUAAUGUUGCGGCAACGUUUGAGCAAACACUGAGCACUACCGAAGCGGCCAAGGAAGUUCAAGGUCUUCUUUCAGCGGCUUUGAACACACCAAAGAUCGAGAUAGGUGGUGUGACGAAACCUUCUGAAGAACAAGGCGGCAGUGUGAAAUUGGAAUAUAAUGAUCAAAACAAUUCGAAGUUACGAUCUUUGCAAAUUAGUUUCUCCGGUGAUAUGUUGAUCCAAGACGUUCCAAAAACAAUCGAAGAUGUUCUCCGUAUUUUCAAAACAGUGCCAUCUGAACUGAAAAAAAUCAACGAUGGAAAAGGAAAACAACUUGAAUACGAAUUGUAUCCGCUGAAACAUAUGGCACAAACAUUCAAAUAUCAAAUGACCAUACAACGAGUAAUCAACAACGUCUCAUUGCAAUUGACCAAUCGACUUGAAGAUAUUUACGAACAAAUAAUUAGAGGCAAACGGAUGAUCAACGACUUUCUCAACGAGGUUUCACCAUGGAAAGAUUGGCUUCCCUCUGAUUGGAUCGAAGCAAUCAUUGUUAAACAAUCGGAAUUGAAUCAUAUCCAAACUGACACAAUGAGACAACUUUCAACAGUUCUUGGACAAUUGCGCCGGGGUGAAUGUGAAGAUACACAGCUGACCGAGCUAUUGACUGAUUUCGAGAGGAAUAACCCAUGCUCAGUGUUAUCUGUGCGAAAGUAUCUGAAGGCGAACUCGCGCAACGAAAUCAAAAUUGACUCGUUGAAUGAGAUAUAUGAACAUUUGAAAGCUGUAAAAGGCGACAAUACUGACACAACGCAUCAUGACUUGAGUCUUUUGUUUCCGAAAGGUAAAACAAUCGAUCAGUUCAUCAAUCAACAUCACAAGAAUGAAAUAUACUUAUUGCACAUAACCAAUGAGUGGAAGGAGAACGAUCCACAAAAUUGGUACAAGCAGAUUCGAACAUUCGGGAGCAUCUACAAGAAUCAAUUGUCAAAUGCAACGAACCAGACAAUAUUUCGUAUAAUUGACCAUGAUUUAAUUCCUGAUUUGGCUGGUAAACUAGAAAAAUGCGUCAUUUAUCGUGCACAUCUUGGAAAAAUCACAUCAUUCGACUACUAUCGUUCUUCGCUAGUAACGUUAACACCCAUUCAAAUUCGAGCGAUUCGAUCUGAAAACAAGCUAACGGCCGCGAUGACCAGUAAAAAUAUCGAGACUCUGCACACAAACUUCAUUGCUGCAUAUCCUUCAGGUGAAAUUGACGAAAAUGAUUUCAUCAAUGAAUUCCAAAAACGCUUUCCUAAAGGUGAUCCGAAACAAUAUUGCAACUACGCUUUCAAGGUGCUCGAUAAAAAUCAAAGUGGAACUUUAAGCUUCGAUGAAUAUAUGACGGCUCUUUCUUUAACAGUCCCAGGUGAUAUCGAGCAUCAGCUGACAUUAACGUUUCAAAUGUGCGCAUCAUCAGGUCAAGAAUAUGUCAGCAGCGAAGAUUUGCUUCAAAUCCUAGAAGCUGUCGCUGAGUUAAAAGGUAUUGAUGUCAGCUCAACAUCGUUCAUGGUGAAAACAAUGAUGAAAUUCGACGAUAGAGAAGUCGAGAAAAUAACUAAAGAAAAGUUCAUUGAUCGUCUGAAAGCAAACCAUGACAUGUGCCUGGGUUUUCUACCAUUAUACGUAGUUCCUAUACCGCAUAGCAUCGAUAUCGAUGCACAGACGCUUUUCGUGGGAGGUACAUUGUUAUCCGAUAAGCAGCAUCAAUUAAAACUCAAUGAAUUCUAUGGAAAUCGUAAUCAAACUUGGGAAUUAGUCUACAAAGCAACAGACCAUGGUUUCUCAACCGAAAAAUUCCAUAGCCGUUGUGAUGGACAAGGACCAACCAUGAUCGUUAUUCAGUCUAAAGAAGACAACUUUUUAUUUGGUGCAUUCACACAACUGAUUUGGAGUCGAACUCGAGGUUUUAGACAAGAUGUAAACGCAUUUUUAUUCACUUUAACCAAUCCGCAUGAUCUCCCUCCGACAAAAUUUAGCAUUGAUAAAUCGAAGAGUAACAACGCUGUAUAUCAUUCUGGAGCUGGUUAUCUUGGGGAACUUUACGAUACCUAUCUCUUUGGUUUUGGUGGUGACGGUUUGGAUUGGACGAAUUUUAUCGAUGGUUACGAUAGCGUAUGGGGUACUCGCCGUGGUGAUCUGUUCAUAGCCAAUGGUUGUAACGAGAACAAAUAUAGUAAUACAAGAUUUCCUUGCUCAUAUGUCGAUUCAACCGGUCUGGGUGAUAAGACUUUUACCGGUACUACAAGUUUUACUGUCAAUGACAUUGAAGCUUAUAUUUUAAAAUGA